AUGACAAUAAAUAAUUUCCAAAAGAUUGAGAUUAAUUUAUUAAUCAAAAAAGUAAGUAACUCAAAUAAUUUAUGUUAGCGAAACAUAGUGAAAGAAGAAGCAGAAUUAAACAAAACAUGUCUUUAGUUUGAAAGACUAAAAGAAAACAUAACUUAUCCUUCAAUUUGA